GCGUGGAUCAUUCUCCACCUGUUGAGCAGCGCGCGGACCUGAUAGGGGGGCGCGUGGCGUUUCCACACCCAUCUGACACGAGCACAUUUCCGGGUUCCCUCCUUGCCAAAGAGCUGAGGCUCCUCCGAGGAGACUUUUACAAACAACAACGAUGGCAGUUCUACUUCAAAGUCAGUUCGACGAACUUCCUCCCGACAAGUCGAUUGACACGAAGAUCUUUCUAGAAAAUGUCUCCAACAUCCCGACGUUUUUCGAUUGUUUGGGAUCAAAAGUGUUUACGGUCAUCAAAUCAGACAUUACCGGCAACAUAACGAAAAUAAGAGCAGUUUAUGUGAAGGAUCCUGCAAAGUACGCCACCCUGCAGGACAUCCUUGUGGCAGAGCGAGAAGCUCAUGGAGCGGAAUGGCCAAAUGUUGGAGCCACGUUAGCUCUCAUGUGGCUGAAGAGGGGUCUCCGUUUCAUUCAGGUACUCCUGCAGAGCUUGGCUGACGGAGAAAGAGAUGAGAACAACCCUAACCUGAUCCGGGUCAAUGUCACCAAAGCCUAUGAAUCCUCUCUGAAGAGAUACCAUGGAUGGAUCGUUCAAAAGAUUUUCAAUGCAGCACUGCUUGCGGCUCCCUACAGAUCAAACUUCCUAAAGGCCCUGUCGAAAGGGGAAGAAGUCACGGAGGAGGACUGUUUUGCAAACGUGCGUCAGUUUCUGGUUAAUUACAGCUGCGUUGUGGAUGCCAUCUAUGAGAUGUACACAAAUCUGAACGCAGAGCUGGACUACACUGUUUAAUGGAGGUGGAUGAACUGCAGGGGAGUGAAUCCCUUACAGGAAGUUUUUUUGGUUUUGAAUUGUUUGUUGGUGUUUAUUAGUUUAAUUACAAAAGCUUUUAAGAAAACAAAUGACGGUAGAAAGUCAUUUUUUUUAACUUAAGGAAGUGCUUCAAGCUGUUAAUCCUCAAAGGUUGCAGCUUUUUUUAAUGAAAUAUUUAUUUUAAAGAAUGUUGCAAUUCUCUAACAAGCAUGUUUCCUAUUUAACCACUGAAAACUAAGAACAAGUGAAGGUUGCAGAAGAUGAGAUGCUUUUCCUGAGCUCUGCUGAUGCCUUAAGACUCUUCUCUUUUUACUAUUUCUUUUUUUAUAUCUUAGAUUAUCACUCUGCUUGUUUUUUAAACUACAACACUAUUUGUGGUUUUGUUUGAUGGGCUUAAAUCUUUAAUAUCUAAUGUAAUUCCAAAUGUCUUAUAAAUUAUUUAAAAGCA